AAUUGUGAAAGUAUAGAAAUUAUUUUUAAGUAUCUUCUUCACCUAUUGCAGUACACGUUGAAAUCGGAAAAUCUCAAAUUCCAGUAGUUUCAGAACUCCAUAUUCAAAGAUCGAGAAGCAGAUGGCUCCGAACAAGAAAGGUAAAUCGAAAGGCAACUCGGCCGAGUCAAUUCCGCCGCCACCGGCCGCCGCUAAAUACCCUGCGUGCAUGCGGUUAAUCCCACCUUCCUCCGUCGCCAUCACCAUCCACGCCAAGCCCGGUUCCAAAAUCGCCACCAUCACGGAUUUUGACGAGGAGGCAUUGGGAGUGCAAAUUGAUGCACCAGCCAAAGAUGGUGAAGCUAAUGCUGCCCUUAUUGAUUAUAUUAGCACCGUUAUGGGGGUAAAAAGAAGGCAAGUCUCCAUAGGUUCUGGAUCAAAAUCAAGGGAUAAGGUUGUGAUUGUGGAAGGCACAAAUUUACAGAGUGUAUUUGAUGCGCUAGAUGGAGUUAUAAAGAAUCAGUGAUAUCAGGGGUUUUUGUUUCUACCUUUUACAAUUGACCAAGAUAUACUUGAAAAUGUUGUUCUGCACUUUGAAGUUGUAGAAUCCCGUAAUGAAAACUCUCUUGGAACCUUUGUCUCUAUCCACAUAGAAUCUGUACAAAUAUGAUAUCAAUGAUAUUUGGGUUUAAUUGGUUAUCAUAUGACACUAUAAUGUAGUCCUGAAUCUACUGAGAAAACAUUUGGUAUUUCCAUGUUUGUCUGGGCCUGUUCAAAUUUGUGGUCUUCUACUUCAA